AUGCCUUCCCAAAGGCAACUGCGCACCCUCCUGGUGGGUGUGCUGAUCGGCGUUGUCUUCGUCCUCUUCUACACGUCGUCACUACGGGCGGACGAAGUCAAAGAUGAUCGCACGAUCCAGGAUUUCUACCACAAGACAGUCAACGGUCUGAAACAUAAACAGCCGCCAAACCAGGCAGUGUUGGAUCAGAAUAAGCCCAAGGCUGUCGGACACGUGCCCGUCGACAAGGACGCCGACGGCGAUGUGGACGCAGACGAUGAGAAGCUGGCCAAGGACAUGGCGGGUCGGCUGAAGGCCGCCGAAGACAAGGCCAAGGAGCUCGCGAACAAGAAGUCACCAUUGAAGCCCGAUGCGCCAAGCGAAGUCGUCGGAAAGGGCAAUUCGGCCGCUGGGCAAGACAAGAAGAAGGAAAAGACGGGUGCUGGAAAGGAGGUCGCCGACGACAGUACAGACGAGAAGAAGAAAGCCGAGAGUGACGAGGAGCACGCCGUUGAGGUUGAGCUGAACGCCAUUCUGAAGAAGUCACCAGUCAUCAUCUUCUCCAAGUCCUACUGCCCGUACUCGAAGAAGGCCAAGACCCUGCUGCUCGAAAAGUACUCGAUCGAGCCUGCGCCGUUCGUUGUCGAACUCGACCAACAUCCUCUUGGUCCCCAGCUGCAAGCUUUCCUGGGUGAAAAGACCGGUCGAAAGACAGUCCCCAACAUUUUGGUCAACAGCGUGAGCAUUGGCGGAGGCGACGACAUUGCCGAGCUGGACGAGCAGAAGAAGCUGGUCCCCAGGAUUGUUGACCUUGGACAAAAGAAGGUGGAGAUGAAGGUGCGGUCUGCCAGCAAUCAGAAGCAAAACUAG